UCCAGAAAGAUUCUACAUUCCAUCCUCUCUGGUCUCUCAGACUCCAACAGGAAAGGAGCAGGAAAAGCCAGCGGUGGUUGCAAAGCAGAGUGCAGAGCGAUUGGAUUUAAGUCAGGAGUUGGAGGCCCAGGUGAAAGUCUUGUCAAGUUGCCCAGAUGAGAGAGAGACUGGCUGCGAGAGGACAAAUGCUUCAUCCAGUCCAGCACAAUCCAAUAACGUCUUCAGUAUAAAGAACCUCACUGAGGACUCCAAAUCUCUUGCAGCGAAAGAGGAUCAGAAAGAACAUCAACAUCACACAAGUGACCUUGGAAAAGCAGAAAAUGUUAUUGACAUAUUGUUACCUGGAGAUAUCAAACAGAUAGAGGUUUUGAAAACACGUUCAGGAAGAAAAGGUUUGAGUGAUCUGGGGACGUAUCUUGGCCAAAGAUCGGGAAAAGUUAUUGAGAUGACCUUUGAGAAAAUGCAUGAAAAUGAGAAACACAAAGACCUCGAAGACCUGCUCAAAAAGAAGGAUUUGGAGCUCUGUACGAUAGGUAUGAAGCUUGAGGAGGAGCGAUCAUUAAACAUGGAUUUACAAAGAAAGAACAAAGAGUAUUUGGCUCAUAUUGAAGAGCUAGAGGAAGAACUGGAGGCAGAAAAAAGUAUAAGAGCCAAGGUCGAGAAACAGCGCUCUGACCUGUCCAGAGAACUUGACGAUCUACAUGACCGACUUGAGGAGGUUGGGGGUUCUGCGGCUUCUCAGGUUGAGCUAAACAAAAAACGUGAAUAUGAAUUGACUCGCCUGCGACAGGAGCUCGAGGAAGCCCUCCUCCAGUCUGAAGCUACAGCUUCUGCUCUCAGGAAGAAGCAUGCCGCCUCAAUGGUGGAAGCGACGGAGCAGCAGGAGAACACGCAGAGGAUGCGGCUCAAACUAGAGAAGGAAAAGCACAUCCUCAAGGCAGAAAUGGACGACCUUAGUACCACCAUUGAAAGUCUUCAGAAAGUGAAGGCGAGCAGUGAAACACAGAUUCGGAAACUGGAAGACUUGCUUGCAGAUGCAAAUGAUAAAACGUCUGAGCUUCAGAAGAUAAUCACUGAUCAAAACGUCUCCAAAAACAAACUAUGUGCUGAAAACAGUGAGUUGAGUCACCAGCUCCAAGAGAUGGAGAACAGGAUGGCCCAAUUAAACCGAACAAAGUUUCUGCUGGUAUCUCAAACAGAAGACCUGAAGAAGCAACUCGAGGAGGAAUCAAAGGCAAAAACUCUGUCCGCGGCUUCCUUGACCGCCUUUAAGCUGGACUACGACAUGUUAAAAGAACAGCUGGAGGAAGAGUUGGAGAGUAAAUCUGACCUGCAGCGGCAGAUAUCAAAGCUGAACGGUGAUGUCACAAACUGGCGGGCUCGAUAUGAGAAUGAGGCGAUCCUUCGAACCGAGGAACUGGAAGAAGCGAAAAAGAAACUUACAUCCCGCUUGCAAGAGGCAGAGGAAACCGUAGAAUCGACUCAAGCCAAAUGUUCAAAUUUGGAAAAGACUAAACAGCGACUUCACGGUGAGAUGGAGGAAAUCUUGAUGGACAUAGAGAAGGCAAACGCUUCUUCGGUGGCUCUAGAUAAAAAGCAGAGAACGAUCGAUAAGCAGAUCAUGGAAUGGCGCCAGAAAUAUGAAGAAAUGCACGGAGCCUUAGAAGCGUCACAGAAAGAGUGCCGCUUGUACGCUACUGACCUGUUCAAGAUCAAAACUGCAUUUGAAGAGACGCACGAGCAGCUCACGGCACUUAAACGAGAAAAUAAAACACUUCAAGAAGAGAUUGCUGAUCUGUCAGAACAACUUAGAGAUGCCGAGAAGAACGUCCAUGAACUGCAGAAAUCCAAGAAGAAGCUUGAGAUGGAAAAGGAAGAGUUUCAGAUAGCUUAUGAGGAGGUAGAGGGAGCCUUGGAGGCUGAAGAGAAUAAAGUAUUGAGAUUGCAGCUGGAAAUAACUCAUUUGAAGGCAGAUAUUGACAGGAGAGUUCAGGAGAAGGAGGAGGAGAUCGAGUCAACCAGGAAGAGUCAGCAACGCUUUGUGGAGUCCCUGCAGGCCAGUUUGGAUACUGAGGUGAAAGGUCGAGCAGAAGCCAGUAGAGUCAGGAAGAAGCUGGAAGGCGAUGUUAACGAGCUGGAGAUACAGCUAGAAAAUGCCAAUAAAAACAACAGCGAUUUAAUGAAACUUGUUAAAAAACAGCAACUACAGCUGAAGGACUUGCAGACGCAGGUGGAGGAAGAAUCCCGGCAGCAUGAUGAAGUUAGAGAACAAUGCUGUGUUCUGGAGAGAAGGAACAGCAUGUUUGCGUCUGAGCUUGAUGAAAUUCGGAACGUGGUGGAACUCUCUGAUCGCUCCCGCAAGGCUUUGGAACAAGAGAUGAUGGAGCUCACGGAGAAAUACAGUGACUUAAAUAAUCAGUUCCAGUCUGUCUGUGCUGUAAAAAAGAAGCUUGAAGCAGACUUACAGCAGGUUAACACUGAUAACGAGGACUUCUUAAAUGAGUUUCGGAGUUCUGAAGAAAGGGUCAAGAAGGCCAUGGCUGAAACAUCAAGACUCUCAGAAGAAUUACAGCACGAACAGGAUCAGACGCACCACUUACAGAAAGUGAAAAGGGGUCUGGAGAAUCAGAUCAGAGACCUUAAUGCCAAGAUUGAAGAAGCGGAGCAGAUUAUGCUAAAAGAUGGCAAAAAGAAUGUUCACAAACUAGAAUGCCAGGUUAAGGAGCUCGAGUUGGAGCUGGAUUCGGAGCAGAAGAAACACGCUGACACUACAAAGGCCUUGAAGAAGAACGAGCGACGCCUGAAGGAACUGGUCUUCCAGGCUGAGGAAGAUCAGAAAAACCAACAGCGGAUGCAGGAGCUCAUUGAACGACUUCAAAGCAAACUAAGGACGUAUAAGAGAAUGGUGGAGGAGGCAGAGGAGCAAGCAAACAUGAACCUCAAUAAAUACAGAAAGACGGUCACUGAACUGGAUGAUGCGGAGGAGAGAGCCGAUAUGGCGGAGGCAGCACUUACAAAGAUUCGUACCAAAAACCGUGCCAGCUUCGGGAAAGGCUUCUCCUCGGGAUGUGCCUCUCCAUUAGCAAUCCUGGUUCGCUCUCCCAGCUCAGCAGGAUCAGAGGGACGCAUCGAAAAGAUGGAGGACGAUACCACAUCACUAAUUCCAACCUACCUGGAUUCCUUAAAGAAAUUCAUGGUGGAAUAAGCAAUAACUCACAGGUUGAAGGAGUUGAGGAUUUGCAGUGGUACAUUCUAUGCAGCAUGGAUACACAAACCAUAAUCCACAGAUCAUGUACUGUAUGUUGUAGAAACAUUGUGUGAUACUGUGGUUUUAUAUUUUAAUAUUUGUGAAAAUGUUAUAUAUAAUAACAAAAUAUUUGGCCAGAACCACAUUUAUGUUUCUGAUGAAGAUGCCUAAUGAUAGUAACAUGUUUAAUGUUAAUUAUUAUUUAGUAUUCACAAAUGACUUUUUCUUGCUUAAUAAAAAGUUUAUUAAAAUGUUACUUAUCGUUCAGAUUCUAGAGGCUGCAUUCAUAGGUAGCGUGUACAGAUAACACGGGUUUUAUAAUAGAGCAGAACAAAGUGGAAAGGUAUAAGGCAGUCAAUCUCUCAAAUAUGGACCAUCUAAUCGGAUGUGAUUUUAAAGAAUUUGCAGUUGAUUGAUUUUUACUCUUGAUAAAGGCCGAUAUAUCACAGACAGAUUUAGGAGGAUUGGAAAAAAGGAAUGAGAGCUGAGGAUUUCAACAUAAGCACAAGGAGGCUUGAUAAGUGUGGGAAGGAGGUUAUUGAUAUCAGUGAUAGUCCUUUUUCAUCUUAAAUGUGUGAUGGUGUAAGAGAAUCAUUAGGGUGUCUGUAAAGAUGUGUUUUAAAGCUUCAAAAUAACCAUUCUGGUCAAGAACUUUAUUUAGGCAUUUUCCUCCUUACGGCAAGUCACACAGUUGCGGUCAAUAGUCUGGCCCUCCAAACAAGCUUGGAAGUUUGUUGGGCUUUUAGUCUAUUUCCUUUCAAAAUUCCUGCCACUUUUUCCAAGUCCACAUGAGGUUGUCAUCUCCUCUACCCCAGUGCGGGAUAGAUAUGGUUGUUGGCAAGACCCUUGAUAGCCUUUGCUUCUGUCCUCUGGUCACUUUCAUGUGUGAUCAGGUUUUCGGAGACCCUGUUAUGGGUAAGGCCCUUCUAGACCUAGUAACAAACAUAGUACACAAUGCAGUGACUGCCCUGGUCCCUCCUUCAGAAACUGAACAAGGCUUCUACUCUGGACACUGUCAUUCUUAAGAAAGAAUUCUCAUUCUGACCCAUCCCGACUCUCAAGAUCCUAAACAGGUUUCUGUGAUUUUUCAAAUCUUAUUUGGAUAGCAUUAAUGGGCUGAGAGCGUCAACUGAAUUGAGAAGAGCUUCAAAAUGUAUAUUACUAAAGAUAAAUGUGAACAUCCACUUUUAUGCUGCUUAGGCGAAUGAGUCCCCCUCCAAUUUGAGAAUACCUGCUAUCCAAUGGAAGUUGGUACAGUUUGAUUACUCCUACAACAACUCCAGCAAUCCACAUUUUUAGAUACCUGAGGUUAAACGUGACGUUUUUGCGGUUUUGUCUAGGGAUGUGCAUGAGCAAAACAUUUGGUUUGGAAAUUCGGGUAAGUUAAAAAAUGUGUCUGCUUCGGCAAUUCAGCCCAAUGGCAUUCGGUUCGCCACUUCGGAACUUGUGGUGGCAGUCUGGGCACUGGGAGCCCUACAGAUGUGUAAGUGGUUGCUAUGGCAGUCCUGGCACUGGGAGCCCUACAGAUGUGUAAGUGGUUGUGGUUGCAGUCCAGGCACUGGGAGCCCCUUGCCCAUUACUCUAAUGGGCAGGGAGCUCCCAGUGCUAGGACUGCCACCACAACCACUUACACAUCUAUAGGGCUCCCAGUGCCAAGAAUUCACUUAUUGGUCAAGAUUCCUGUCAUCAUUCAUGUACUUUUCCCUCCCUCUCUUGUCUUCCCACUUUUCAGAAAUCCAAAUCACUUUGGCACUUCGUAAGCAUCCGAAUUGCAUGAAAUUUGUCGGAUUAUACAUUCGG